AUGUCUGCAACUAAACCUGGGGCCACGAUUCUUGCGUCAGCCAUCUCGAAGACGUAUGUUCCCGAGAUAACUGCCAAAGUGGAGCAGCUGCGGGCUGUGCGGCCCGCGGGCCCGCUGCUAGUCGGGUUUUUGGCGAACGAGGACCCUGCAGCUGAGAUGUACGCUUCGUGGACGAAGAAGACAUGCGAGGCGAUGGGGUUCAGGUACGAGCUGCGCAAGGUGGACGACCGGGACUUGCUGGAGGAGGCCAUCAUCGAGGCGAAUAUGGACGAGGGGGUGGACGGGAUCCUGGUGUACUUUCCCGUGUUUGGGAACGCGCAGGACCAGUACCUGCAGCAGGUUGUGGCGCGGGAGAAGGACGUGGAGGGACUGAACCACGUGUACUACCAGAACCUGUACCACAAUGUGCGGUACCUGGAUGACCGGCAGGAGCUCAAGUCGAUCUUGCCCUGCACGCCACUGGCCGUUGUGAAGAUCAUGGAGUACCUGAAGGUGUACAAUCAGCUGCUGCCGGAGGGCAACCGGCUGUACGGUAAAAAGUGCGUGAUCGUGAACCGGUCGGAGAUCGUGGGGCGGCCGCUGGCCGCCCUGCUCGCAAACGACGGAGCAACUGUAUACUCUGUGGACGUCGAGAACAUCCAGGAGUUCACCCGUGGGGAGGGGCUCAAGUUCUCCAAGCACCAUGUCAGAGACAUUGGUGCGUACUCGGAGGAGCUGCUGGCGCAGUACUGCAAAGAUGCAGACGUCAUCAUCACCGGCGUACCGAGCGCGAGCUACAAGUUCCCGACGGACUGCAUCAAGGAUGGGGCUGUGUGCAUCAACUUUUCGUCGCACAGCAACUUCGACGACUCCGUGAAGACCCGUGCUUCGCUGUAUGUACCGUCCACCGGCAAGGUCACCAUCUCCAUGCUCCUCCGGAAUAUGCUCCGUCUGAUUGAUAAUCGCGAGAAGCUCAAGACCCUGAGAUAG